UAAAAAAAAUGGCAUCAUCCUACGUAGAGAAUUUUUUAAUAAAUUUAAAAUGCAAAAAACAAGGUCAUGAAACUCAACAAAUAAUGUAUGUAUGUAAUAUAGGUACAUGCAAAGAUCGUUUAGCCUGUACAAAUUGUAUGCUUUCAAACCAUUAAAAUCACGCAAAAAACCUAAUAAACAUAAAGCAAUUUUUAUAAAAUUAUGCUACUUCAGAAGAAUUAAAAGAGAAGAUUUUCAAAGAAAACAUUUUAUAUGCAAAUACAGAAGCAUCAGAAGAUAAAUUAAGAAUUCAAAGAGAAUUUUUCAACGAUACAGUUGAGGACAGUUUUUUAGACAUGAUGAGAAUGACUAAACUAUUAUAUGAAAAUACACAGGACAAGUUUAAAAUUAACAAUAAAAUUCAUUAUGAUGCAAUAGAUAUUGCUUUAGAAGAAACCAAACAAAUUCUAAACCGGGAAGAAAAAAGUUUAAAAGAAAUUAUAUAGGCUACUUAAGGAAAUAAUUAUAAUAGUGUAGAAAAUUUGUGUGAUAGCUUAAUUAAAAACUAAGGCUUAAAUCAACUAUAGGAAUUAGACGUAAAAGAACAUUUGAAAAAAUUACCGAAAUUUGAUGCAGUAAAAUUCAAGAAAAUCAAAGAAGAAAUAAUAGAGUUUAUUAAAGAAAAACUUAAAUAGUUACUAGAACAUCAUGAAAUUAAAAUGAUCGACAUGUCUUGGCAUUCUAGAUCCGCUGAUUGUCUUUAAAUUCUUUAAGGGCAUCAAGAUCAUGUUAUGGAUAUGACUGUUGCAAAAGAUGGCACUUUAGUUUCUUGUUCUAAAGAUAGUAAAAAUUUAUAUAAUAUAUGCGUAUAAACUAUUAGAUUUUGGGAUCCGGAAACUCAUUAAUGUAAACAAACAACUCUUAUUCAUGAUAAAAAUUUAAAUGCUAUUUGUACUAUGCCAGAUGGUUCAAUUGCUAUUGCUAAAGAUAAUGUUAUUAAGUUUUAUAAUUAUAAUAAUGAUGAAUUCGAAAAAGCACUCACAGGACAUACUAAGACUAUUUUCGCUUUAUAACCUUUACCAGAUGGCAAUAUUUUAUCAGCAGGACAAGAUCAAGUGAUAAAAUUAUGGAAUGUUAAAUCCGGAUAAUUAAUAAGAUCUUUUUAUGGACAUGAUGAUUAUAUAAGAAAGCUACAUGUAACUAAAGACAAUAAGAUAAUAUCAGCCGCUGAUGAUAAAUCAGUAAAAAUAUGGGAUAUUAAUACAGGAGAAAUCCUUAAUUCUUUCGACUCUCAUGGAGAUUAUAUAUAUGCAAUUGAUGUUAUGAAAAAUGGAUUAAUAGUGACAGGUUCUAGAGAUGGAAAUGUUUAAAUUUUAGAUCCUGUAAAAAGUGCUGUUGUUUAGAAAUUUAAGGCUCAUAAUACUUUUAUUUAUUCUUUGUGUAUUUUACCAGAUAAUAGUAUAUGUACAGGAUCAGCUGAUAAUACAAUAAAAAUAUGGAACCCAAAAACAGGAGAGUGUAUAAAAACUUUGAUUGGACAUAAAUUUCCUGUUAGGAGUUUAUAAGUACUCUAAGAUGGAAAUUUGGCUAGUUGUGCUGAAGAUAAUAUGGUAAUAAUAUGGGCUAGUAAAAAAUUAGAAGUAUAGUAAUGUCUAACUGGACAUACAAAAGCUAUUUGGACUGUAUGUGCUCUUUCUGGAAAUAGAUUUGUUAGUGGAAGUGAAGAUAAAACAAUAAAAAUAUGGGAUAUUGUAUAAGGAAAAUGUAUGCAUACAAUAACUGAUCAUACUGAAUAAGUAAGGUGUUUAUUAAAUGUAGGCUCUAAUAAAUUUGCUAGUGGAGCAAGUGACAAAUCCAUAAAAAUGUGGAAUUCUACGAAUUAUUAGUUAGUAUAUUCCAUAAAUAACGCACAUGAUUCAGGAGUAAGGUCUCUUACUUAACCUACAGAUGAUCUAUCUAAAUUAAUUUCCGGUUCAGAGGAUAAAACAGUAAAAGUUUGGGACAUAAGCAAUGCUAAUUGUCUUUAUGUAUUAUAAGGACAUGAUGAUUAUGUUAGAGUAAUUAAAGGUCUUUCGAAUAAAAAAUUGGCAUCAGGUUCAAGAGAUAAUACGCUGAAAAUAUGGAAUUUAGAAACUAAAUAAGUAGAAUAAACUCUAAAAGGACAUGAGUUACCUAUAUGGAGUAUUUUAGAAUUGGAACAAGGCAAAAUAAUAGCAACUGGAAGUUCUGAUUUUACUAUCAGGACAUGGAAUAUGGAAUAAUUUAAGUGUGUUUAAAAAAUGUUUGGACAUUCAGGACCAGUUUGGGCACUUGUAUAUUUAUAAGAUACUAUAAUUAUCUCAGGGUCUGAAGAUUGCUUUAUUAAAAUGUGGGAUUAUGAAUAAGGAGAUUGUAUUAAAAGCUUUUUAUCUCAUUCUUAUGCUAUUUGGGGGUUAGCAGUAGAUGAAAGACUUAAUGUAGCUACAGGUUCAUGGGAUAAAUCUAUUAAAAUUUGGAAUGUUAAUAAUAAGUAAAUGCUUUAGAAUUGA